CACAUUAAGGGAACCACGUAAAAAUUCUUGUAUUAUCUUUGAUUUAAUUUUUUUACAUUAAUUUUUAUUCUCAUUGAUUGGUUUACUUAUGGGAAUCACAUAUUUUUCCUAAUAAGCACAACGUAUACCAAAUAUGACCCAUCUGGAUGUUCCAGUAGGAGGGGAAGAUUGCUCUGUUUUAACAAAAAUGGUUGGUAGCCCUAGGGAGUUUGGCUUCCCUAUUAAAGAUCAUUUUCAACUUGGGAGAGAUCUAGAUCUCAUUGAUUUUGAUGCUGCUUCAGAGGUCAGUGGAUCAAAAUUCUACUACCUGAAGAAUGAAGCAGUUUUACUAGAGACGGCUUUUAUAAACUGGACAAUCUCGCAAGUCAUGAGAAGGGGCUUUACACCUCUUGCAACCUCGGAAAUCAUGAGAUCUUCUGUUGUUGAAAAAUGUGCCUUCCAACCUCGUGUAGAAAAUAUGCAGGUUUAUUCUAUAGAGGGUAGUGAUCAAUGCCUUAUUGGCACUGCAGAGAUUCCAGUUGGGGGAAUUCAUAUGGAUUCUAUUCUUGCUGAAUCAUCAUUACCUUUGAAGUAUGUAGCUUUCUCCCAUUGUUUUCGUACUGAAGCUGGUGCUGCAACAAGAGGCCUUUAUCGAGUCCACCAGUUCAGCAAGUUGGAGAUGUUCAUCCUUUGCCGACCUGAGGAAAGUGACUCUUACCAUGAGGAAUUGAUUGGAAUUGAAGAGGGCCUCUUCUCGUCUCUAGGCUUUCAUUUUAAAACCCUAGAUAUGGCUUCAGAGGAUUUAGGUGCACCUGCCUAUCGUAAAUUUGAUGUGGAGGCAUGGAUGCCAGGCUUAGGUCGAUUUGGUGAGAUAUCAAGUGCAUCAAAUUGUACUGACUAUCAAAGUCAUCGGCUGGGAAUUCGGUACCAUCCUGAAGCAUCAUCAAUAAAUCCCAGAAAGGGUAAAAGGCAAUAUUGCUGCAGCACAGUUUGUGCACACAUUAAAUGUCACUGCCUGUGCUGUUCCACGGAUGAUCAUAUGUUUACUUGAGAAUUAAAUGCCACUGCUUGUGCACAUAUGUUUGUGCACACAUUAAAUGCCACUGCCUGUGCUGUUCCACGGAUGAUCAUAUGUUUACUUGAGAAUUACCAACAAGAAGAUGGUUCUAUUGUUAUCCCUGAGCCAUUAAGACCCUUUACGGGUGGCCUUUAGGUGAUUACUUCAAAAUCCAGAUAGGAAAACUAAAUAUUACAUUAAUUUUUCAAAAUCCAGGUGAUUAAUUAAUUAAUUAUUUAUUUAUUUAUUUCAAUUACACUCAUUUUUAUGAACAUGUUUUCUCAAUCAACCAACAUUCCCACAUAUCGUCAUAGGUCUUGUAGCUAUAAAACUAUGAAAAAAAUAAUAAUAAAAUAUUUAAGUUAAAGGGAAUCCGAGGUCUUAUAAUAAUCCUAUAAAAUUAUUAAAAAAUUAGUAAAAAAAAUUCAAAUUAUUGGAAUCCUAUGAACACGCAACAAUCAUAAUGCACUUCGCCAUUUCAUUCAUUCCUAAUUUUAUGGGUCGUAUCCUCGCCAAUCUCUCAAUG